AUGCCCGCCCUUCCAGGAUUCACAGACAACCCAUUCCAAACCCGCGACGACCUUGUACGGGCUAGCAUUGCCCUGAUCAAGCCUUUGGAGAGGUACAGGUCCCCCCAAAGGGCCUUUAUCAAACUCUCCACAGACACAGCAGCGGGGUUCGAUGAGGUCGCCGCCCAACUUGAGGGUUUUGCGCGGCCUCUUUGGGCAAUCGCAAGCCUCCUGGCCCCCGGAAAUAGCGCAGAUGGCCUUGAUCUUGACAUCGACUCAUGGGUCUGCGGCCUACGAGCAGGGACAACCCCGGCGUGCUCGGAGUAUUGGGGGGACCUUGGCAACUCAGACCAGCGCAUGGUAGAAAUGGAAAGCAUUUCGUAUGCCCUACUGAUGGCUCCUGAAGCAUUCCUGUCUGGAAUGGACGCCCUGUCCCGGGAAAACCUAGAGACCUGGUUGCGCCAGAUCAAUGCGCGGCAGAUACCCCGAAACAACUGGCGCUGGUUUCGCGUGCUGGUUAAUCUGGCGCUGGGAUCCCAGGAAGAGGAUAUUGUGGCCCAUGAUUUGAACGUGCUCGACUCUUUCGAUCUUGGUGAGGGAUGGAGUAGCGAUGGACUCUGGGGGGAUGAGAGGAAACAGGUCGAUUAUUACUCCGGAAGUUUCGCCAUCCAGUUUGCGCGAAUGUUGUAUGUGAGGUUCAUGGAGGAUCGAGGCUUGGCUUCCCACGACCGCAAUAGGGUUGAGAGGUAUAAGCAGGAGGCGCGGCAAUUUGCGUCGGCGUUCUGGAGAUAUUUUGAUGUGGAUGGAAGUGCUAUCCCGUUUGGGCGGAGCCUAACCUAUCGCUUUGCGUUUGCGGCAUUUUGGUCCGCAGUCGCCCUCGCCGGGGUACAGCUCGACGCCCCGCUCGACAACAUCGGCGUGGUCAAGGGUCUCCUUUUCCGCCACCUGCGCUGGUGGAGAAAGCAUCCUGGUAUAUUCAACACUGACGGUACCAUGAACAUCGGGUAUGCAUAUCCAAAUAUGUUCCUCAGUGAGAAUUACAACUCACCGCAGUCCGUAUACUGGUGUUUGAAAUCGUUCACCAUUAUUUGCCUACCAAAGACGCACCACUUCUGGACGGCAAAAGAAUUACGGCAUCCACUCGCUGUCCAGAUUUUGCCUGCGCUGCAGCUCCUCGAUGAGGUCAAACUCCUCUGGCCCCCACGACAUAUUAUAUGCAAUGGACGCAGCCACCACUUUCUUCUCUCGGCGGGCCAAGGGACUACAAAGGCCCACCGCGCUAGAGAGGCAAAGUAUGGUAAGAUGGCGUACUCGUCCUUCUUUGGAUUCAGCGUGCCCAGUGGCCCCCUGUUGGAGCAGUUGGCCUCAGACAGCACGCUUACAGUCAGCCUCGAUGGCGGCGAGCAAUGGAUUGUGCGCGCAAAUCCGUUCGACGUACGACAUCGACAGAUUCCAAUUAUCGCUUCCGAUGGAACUGCCAAGAUCGACGAGGUGACGAGAUCCGUGCCGUCUCUAGUUAGUACCUGGCGACCCAAGAAGGCGAUCGAAUUUCAAGUCCAAACUAUUCUGAUUCCUGCAUCGGAUUUGUGGUCGGGCUGGCACUUCCGUAUACACAGGGUGAAGUGGUCGCCCGCGGCCAUCGUGCCCGGGAUCAUCAAAUUAGUUGACGCAGGGUUUGCGGCUUCUGGUUCCACCAAAACAGGCAUUUUGGUCGCAGAAAAGGAAUUGAAACGACUGUUGGAUCAGAACUCUGCCGGGAUGGAGGGAUGGGGAAAAGACGAACAGAGCUGCUUGAUCCUCUCGGACUGUAGCGCUAGUGGCGUGGUCGAUCUGCAAAGGGAAUUGAUGUCUGCGCCGUGUUCAGGAUACGGCAAGCUUGCGACCGAAAAAGCAGCACUGGUGGUACGAGCAGAUGCAAAUACUAAUUUAAUCACACAAAGGACCUUGGUACCUGCGAUUCAAAACACUUUGGUCGCGGAGACUGGACUCAAAACUACAGCGGAGGUGUGGCUAGCAACGGGAAUUUUCGCGGUUUCGAAGACGUCAGGUAUUGGCAUGAAGGAGGUUCAGAAGCUGUGGUUCAAAAGACCAACAAUACAUGUGGCAGCAAAGACAGAGGAGGAAGAGGGGGUCCGAAUAAUGCUACCAUGA